UUCAAAUCUUCGAAUCAAUAGACACUAUGCUUUUCAACAUCCCCCUCACUUCUUUGGCCCUCAUCUUCUCGACUCUCCUCAUCGUCAACACUUCUCCUGUUCCGAAUGAUGGCCUUGCCCUUGUCGACCUCGCACGAAGAUCAGAUACAUCGAUUCAUCCGAGAGAUAUAGAGUUGGAACGCAGACAAAAAGGGGGCGCUGGUGGAGCAGGAAGCGCCGCUGGGGCCGGAGCUGGUGGCGCUGGAGCUGGAGCCGCUAGUGGGGCAAAGGGUGGUGCCGGUGCUGCCGCUGCUGGUGGAGCACAAGCUGCUGCUGCCCCCGCCGCUAAAGGUGCCGGAAAGGGUGCUGCUGCUGCUGCUGGUGUUGCCCCUGCUGCUGCCGCUGCCGGUGCCGGUAAGGCUGCUGGUGGAGGAAAGGCUGCCGCUGCUGCUGCCGCCGCCGCUCCUCCCGCUGCUGCUGCUGGAGCUGGAGCUGGAGCUGGAAAAGCUGCCGCUGGAGCUGCUGCAAAAGCUGCUAAAGCCUCCGCUGCCGCCGCCGCAGCUGCCGCGGCCCCGCCUGCUGUAACUGCCGCUGCCGGAGCAGGUAAAGCCGCGAAAGCUGCAGCUAAAGCUUCCGCCGCAUCCGUCGCCAGUGUUGCUAGCUUAGCUUCUGCAGACGAUGCAGCUGCCGCCGCUGCAACCUGCCCACCACCAACAACAGUGACAGAGACAGUGACUGCCGCCGCCGCCGUCGAUACCGCGGCCGCUGUUGCCAAGUUGUAGGAGUUCCUAGCUCGAGUAAGAUGGGAACCAGAUCCUGGCACUACCAUUCUAAAUUGGUUUUCUGCCCAGUGAAAGUUCCGGGGGUUUGAAAGUGGAGGGGAGUUCUUGCUCAAUUUCUGGUUUAGGGUUGGAGUUGAAAAGGGGUUUGGGGACAUGGAAGAGUCAUUCAUUAACAACAUAAGAUACCCAUCAUUCA